AUGGCGGGAAUAGCAAUUGUCUUAGAUCUGCUGAGAAAAAACCCAAGUCUUACAACCCAAAGCCUACACGCUUCUGGGUUUUUCUCCGCUAAAGCAGCCGCCACCGCCGCCUCCGUCACCGCUGGAGCUCCUUACGUUUACAAGUCCUUCUUCAGUAAUUUUAGGGUUCCAGUUGCCUAUUGUGAUGCUGGAGCAACAUUGUCUGAAGAUUACACCUCUAAUGUACGAAGUGCAUCCUUAAAAAUAUUUCAGAAUGAAUCUGUGAAUUUCGGUACCAAGGAAUACACAAUCGAGUUAAAGCCUCUAUUCUCAGCUUUCGAAUUGAGAGCUCUAACUCUGACGACUCUGAGGUCAUUUUUGAUGUUCUACUUACCUCUUCUGGAGCCUCGUAGAAACUUGCAAGAGGACGAUGAUGACUUCCUGCGGGACACUGAAGAAGAACAACAUGUAGAUUAUGUUGCUCCAUUCAAAAAAUCACUAAAGAAAAUUGCUCGUGAUGCUACUGUCUCAACCACUAAACGGAUUCUGGAAAGAAUUUCUGUUCAUUAUGUGUCACAGAGAAUGGCAUGGAAACUUCUGAAAGAUACCUCAAAGUCUGCGAUGAGGAAAGCUGGAAGAAGAAUGCCAACUUACGUUUUCUUCUUCAGUGUUAGCAAGAUGACUAUGAGAGGACACUUUCUAGAUGUUGCAGCAUCUUGGAUCAUCUCAGUUAGCAUUGAUAUCUACCGAACUUUUUCUGGAAUGACAAACUCUAAAGAAGUGGUUGAUGAAAUUGAUACACCACAAAAGCUUAAACGUCUUGGGAAUAAGGUUUGGGGCACUACUAUCAGGUGUGGUGCAUCACUGAUUUUUGCUUCGAUUGGGGCAGCGUUGCAAUAUCGCCAAUCCAUUGCAGAUAGAUUACUAGGCAGGGCCGGCCCUAAAUUCCAGAGUGUUGGAAGUCUGAAAACUCAGGAGGAGGUGAAGAGGUAUUGGGGAGUUGGGAAGCGGAGGAUGGUUGAGCAGAUGAAUCAGAUUUUGAUGUUGGAGGUGGAAGACAUGAUGAUGGGUGAGGUUAUAUUUGAGCCGGCGAGUAAAAUGUCGAUUGAGAAGUUGGAGAGGGUGAGAAUAGUGGAAGCGUCAACCAUGCGUGCGAUUUGUGCAGAGGAGAUUGUGGUUGGUUCCGAAGAAAUUCAUAUGCUAUGUUCGCAUUUUUACCAUGGCGAUUGCAUUGUCAAGUUGUUGGAGCAGAGCAAGUUUUGCCCACAAUGUCAAUAUGUUGUGCCUGCAGCUUCUAAGGAUGAAACAGGAAUACCACUGAUGAAUAGACAUGAGAGAAAAGGUGUUGAUAAUUAA